GCGUUCAGCAUGCUAGGUCGCACUGGCAACUACGUAUGGCCCUUUGCAGCACGGGACACCAUUGUCCAUUCCCCAUGACGUCUUCUUGCUGCUAUCAUUUCUCGGUCCGAAAUUACCCUUCAAAGGGUCUCACUCAGCAUGAACCGUGGUAUACGAAUGAUCUGAGGAUACAGGGCUACAGGGAUAUGCCUGCAAAAUCUGAUAGGAGCUUUGGGGUGCUGAAUGUCAACCGUCUCAAGGUUAAUCCCUGCAGUUUCGGUAUGGUACUUUGGGCAGACAUCACGCUAGGGCUUAGCAACCUGGUGCUAUUUGGGGUGAUAGCAUGCCUGGACGUAGAUGUAUCUGACAGAUGAGUGGCUGAAUGGCUCAGGACGUGAACUUGGGUUACUCAAUCUGAAAAUGCGUCGCCCGUAGUUAGCAUAGUGCCCUAAUCCACCAACAUGUUCGCAC